AUGUACUUAUUUCCAGAUGCCUUCAAAAAUCAUUUCCUUAGCUUAAACAUACAAGUCAACUGUCUUGAAUUCAGGACUGGGUGUUCGGAAAUGUUAUUGCUGUCGGCCUCAUGGUUUAGAAAUACUACUAAAAUCUGUCAGUACGAAAAAUCAUAUAGCUCCUACCCAAGACAAAUGAAAAAUGCAAAUGUACCAUCCUUUGAUGCAUUCGAUGCGCUGAUGAUUGAAAUAAUCAAAUAUUCAAAUUCCGUUUCAAGUGAUGAUUCGGAUAUUCGUUUUCUUGAAUCCCUUGGUGUAAGCGUAAGCGAAAAGUUAAUCGAAAAAGCUACAAAAGAUCAUGCCAGGUUUAUCAAUGAAUUAGAUAUUGUUAAAUAUGUAUGCACAGAAUUUUGGUCAUCAGUAUACCACAAACAAGUUGAUACGCUUAAAACCAAUUACCAAGAUGUUUACGUUCUGAUUGUUAAUGAUUUUCAGCCUUUAGUGAAAUUCGAUAGUAUCCCAGAAGGCAUAUCAGAAAUCCCAAAGUAUCUGGCGUUCCCUUCGGGACUUUUGAAAGGAGCUUUAUGUAGUCUUGGAUUGAAUUGUGUUGUAGCAGCAGAUUGUGAACAACCACCUACAUGUAAGUUUGCCUAUAACAAAGUCACUCUUAGUAACAGGUAA